AUGAAAGAUAUAUAUAUUUUUUUGUUUUGUUAUUGUAGAAAUAUUCAAUUAUUUAUCGAGAAAAAGAUUCAAGAGAUUCCCGAUGAUACAUUAAAAAUAUCUCGACGUUUAACAUCACGUGUUGAAGAUUUAAUUGAAAGACGUAAAAAAAAUCGUGGAUUAACACCAACACAAAUAUCAUAUAAAAAACGAUCUCAAUCAUAG